AUUCUUCUCCUGUCAAAAGUAGAAUGAUAUAUAUAUUUAUUUUUCCCUUUUCCCCCAAUUAACAUAAAAUAAUACAAUAUUGAUCCAACAAACUUUGGUCAAAGAUUGAGUUCAAACAAUGGCGGACGACGAAAACGCUUGUGUUCGUAACAUCGUAAAGGAAAUAAUGCGAGAGUGUAAAUCGAAGAAAAUCCAAAUCAACAAGAAUUUUAUUACGUAUUUCACCAAACUGUUACUGAUCAACCCAAACUGGGGAAUCGGCGAUGACUUCUUCAGCCAAAGACAAAACGUCCAAACCUUCGUCUCAUACAUCACUGAAGAGUUACUGAACAACGCAGAUCACCCAAAACUCGUCACAUUAAAAAUCCAGUUUUCUUACACGUGCAACUUGGAGCACAUGGAUUACUUCAUCCAGGGCAACAGAAAAGAACUGAAAUGGAGACUACGAAGCCUGGAGGAUGACAUCGUGAGAAUGAAUAACGUAGAGGAAAAAGAACUUGUAGACUCACUUUACAAGAAGAUCGUUUAUUAUAUCACUUUUGUGACCGGCCUUGGCAACCCUGCGAAAUCAAAAGUGUAUGAAGAGAGCAUGGUUGCCCUUAAAAGCAUUUUUGAUGAAGAUGAAGUGAGACAGUUCUCCACACUAACAAAACACGAAAAAAUCGAGCAGCUUGAUCAUUUUAGCAAAGUGGUUGGUGGCAUACGGUUGUUUAAUAAGGAUUGCGAUAAAGGAGGAGAAGGGAUAGCGAACCUGCCAGCUCUAGUUACUGAAGCCAACAUGAUUAUCAAGGAAGGUACUGAGCAGAUUCUGCUGUUCAUAAUGGAAAAAGUAAACGAGUUGACCACCAUUGUAGACAGAUCGUACGUCUUGUGGCCGGUAUACCACAAUUUCUAUAGAAUGCGAUUGGCAAACAAAGAUGAAUUGACCAAACUGGAUCUUGACAUUGAACAUUUAAAGGAUUUUUUGAUAUUUUAUAGGCAGUACGAGCUUAUUACAAGGAAAGUCUUGGAGGAAUUCGACCGGAUUUACGAAAGAAUUGAAGUGAUAAAGGCGAGCAUGCGAAAAUUGAUGAAAAUUAUCCACGAAACUGUUUAUAUGAAGUUGGCUAUUCCCGUUGGGGUGGUUUUUCCGCUUUUCGAACAACUUUGGGAAAUCUGGACCCAGUUCCAGGACCUCGCCCAUCUCCUAUCCAGAAUCAGCGUCAUAUUAUCAAAUACCGAAGCGUGCGUCAGACAAAUGGAAUACCAACAAGUAGCCAUUGAUAAUAUUAUCGGAAAUGUACCGCCAAUGACUGACGCAGAACGUUUACAGAGAAACUCGCAUGUGGAACUUUCCAGCGAUAAAGAGGGAGUGACCGUACUGAAAUCUGAGUCUAUUAAGAAUAUUGAGUUCGUUAAGUUUGAGUAUUUGGGAUUUUGCUGCUGGAAGCUCGUUGAAACUAAUGGAGCGCUAAUUCCUGGCAAUCCAAUGAUGGGCAUUGUGGUCUACCAAGGGAAAAACUACGUGUUUUCUUGCCCUGAAGGGUUUCACGAGUUCCUUAAGGAUCCUCAAAUGUGUAUAAAUGGUGUGCUGGAUCUAGUGAGGAAGAAACCUCACCUAAUCGGCUUUUUCCAGCUCAAAGAGGAGCUUGAGAGUAUUUACAACAUCACUAAGUUAGUUGAGACCAAGGAGGAGAUCAAGAUGUGUGAAGAUAGAGGUAUCCAAACAGACUCCAACCAGGAAGAGCCUCACAUCGAUCCUAAAUAUAUGUGGAAUAUUUGGGAUUUGAAGAGGCAAGCUUUGACUCUGGCCAAUAUUUCAGCAGCACAAACCAGUUCCACUCAAACAAAUAAGACUGGCAGUAAGAAUUCAGUGAGGACCCAGACUUAUUACACCAAGACGGUUGAGGUGCAAACCAAGAAGGAUUCUUAUACUAACGUACCAAGACCUUCUGUUUUUAUAUAUGGAUUGAGGGGUAGGAAAGAUGAUCAACAGUUUAAGAUUGAUCUGACUAGGCCUGUGGAGGAAAAAUGAGUAAUAUUAUGACGCCUUUAGGGAUAUAUUUAUUUAGGGUAAUUUUGUGUGGAGUGAGGGCUUAAUGUACCACUUUAUAUUAAAGAUUUACUUAGAAAGUA